AUGGCCACUCCCCCUCCUGGUUUCGUCCGCGACCUCGCCAGCACCUUCGACCAGGCCGGCGCCUCUUCUGCUGCAGGCGCCUCCGCGACCGCUGCGGCUUCUACCGUGGCCGUCCCGCCCCCUGCGCCGGUGCCGCCACCACCGCCGCCUCCUGCGCCACAGCACGUCCCGAUGGUCACUGCACCACCUGCGACGGCCGCGCUCUUCCUCAACCCUGCGCAGCUCCCUGGCUUCCCGGCUGCUCCUCCACCAGCUGCUGCGGUCACGGCGACGUCCGCGCUCACCGGCGUCUUCGUCAACCAGCACGUCCCAGUCGUGCUCUCCCUCACGCCGUCCAACUACUCGACAUGGCGCACGCUCUUCGAGCUCAUGUUCUGCAAGUACGGCAUCUCCGACCACAUCCUCGCCGCUCCAUGUCCCCACGAUCCGCAGUGGGUCCAGGACGACGCCUUCAUCUGCUCGUGGUUGUUCAACCGCGUGUCGCCGGAGAUCCUCGGCCUCGUCCACCAGCGGCACCCCACGGCGGCCAGCGUUUGGAGCGCCAUCGCCACCCUCUUCCUCGACAACGCUGAGACCUAG